AUGUACCGUGGUAACCGGGCCACUUUAUCUCCACGACUACUUGACACAGCACUGCAAGGUUUCUUUCUUCCAAAUGGUAUUAAAAGACCAGGUUCAGAAAGCACCAAAGAGCCAAAUCAGACCUUUCAGGUUAAGACAGCUGAAGUUAUGACAUUCGUUUGCUACGAAAUGUCGGACAGGAAAUGGGUGGAGUUGCAAUAUCGCUUGGAUACCCUCUAG